AUGGCCCGACUUCGGCCAAAUGAGAAAGAUCCCGUGCGGCAGGGCACGAUGUCAUUGGCUUCGAUUCUUGCAAGGAAAUCCAGCGACUCCGAGGUCGAGCUGGAGAUCCACUUGAUGUCCAAGGCCGUGCUGGAGACCUGCGAGGCGUGGUGGCUACUUUGUACUCCAACUCGCGGAGUGCAGCUCUUGAGUUACCUUCUCAAUGGCCCCUUCCAGGUGCUAAUGGCAUUGGCUGAUGCAAAAUUGCCGUGGAAACAAGAUCCGAAAGCAACAGAAGGCCUUCAACUUUUCGCUCACCAUACAGCAGAAGAGAUUGGUUCCUUCACGGCUGUGCAGAUUGCGCAAAUCUUGGAUGCAUUCGCAAGGAUGGGGUUCCUACAUGAGGACGUGCUGGAUGCCAUAUCCCGAACCAUUGCGCUGACAGUUUCUUCAGAUAGCGGACGCUUCAGCAAUGAAGCUGCCGUCAGCCUCUUGUCUUCUUUCGAAGCUUUAGCGGUGGCAGACCAGACCAUGAUGAGAUCAUUGUCCAAGCUAUUCAUGAGACGCAUUGUGCGUGAGCCGCUGUCUCCUCAAGAAACAGCAAAGGUGGCUGUAGCUUUCUCUGCCCUUCGAGUGCGUGAUGUCGGGCUCUUCAACGCAACCACGUUGGGCCUUUGCAGGCCAGAAGCCAUCCAAGCUUUGUCCUGGAUGGAACUCGCUCAUGUGGCAGUUGCGUAUGUUGUGGCGAGAUUUCUGGAAGCUCAGCUCCACUUGGGGCAAGUUGGCCUUCAGGAGGUGGAUGCCAGACGGGCAGACGCUGGCAAACAAAGACUUUUGCCAAUGAAUUCCUUGGUGCCUUUGCUAGAAUCUUUUGCUGAACAUUUGCGACUAUUGCAGCCUGUCCUAGACGAAGCUGAUCCCAUGUUGACCUCUCACAUUCAAGUGCUGACUGGAGGGUUGGUAAAACUGUGGGCCUUAGUGGCCAAGCGCAGUGGCACCCUCCCAGAUUCAGAGUUACGGCAGGCAGGACUAACUGCCCCUGAGCUCUUCAAGGCACAAUUCAAUCUUGGAGAAGUGAUGAGAAACAGCUCGCUCUCUAAUACUGGUCGUGCCUUAAAUCAUGCAUCGCUGAAAGCUAUUCGAUGCAUCAGCCGAGAGAUGCUCCGCCGUGAGUGGUCAGAGGAGGAGGCUGUCGAGCUUGUGGAACUUUUGGACCAGAACGGGAUUCAACCUGCGUGGUUAUUGGAAGAUCUUCGCAUUAUGAAGAAAGAUUCGAUCAGAAAUAAUUGA